AUGCGUUCUGAACCGCCAACAAAUGCCCCUUUGUCGAGGAACAAACAUUCUUUCAAGCGCUACCUCAGUGGUUUCCCUGAAGGACAGAGUGUUAUAGCUUUAAAGGCAGAGGAAAGGGCGAAGAAAACCCCUUCAACGUCAAGUCAGAGUAAGAUAUAUUUUGAUAAUUGUUAUAAGGCCUAAAUAUUAGAGUGUAAUAUAGUAUAUAAAGAUCUUGUUUAUAUGAACAAUAAAUUUAACUAAGGUAACUCAUAUAGAUUAUAUAAACAGGGCCUUAAUAUACAUAGGCUAUAAUGUGAUUUCAUAUCCCAAUGGUAAAUAAUAUUUGUUACACAAAUUUAGAGAGCGAUGCACCGGUACUACUGCCCGAGUCUAUGUCGCCUGAUGUGAGUGACGCUGACCUUCUGGCGAGUGUGAUCGAGAUCGAAUCUUCCUCACAGACAUCAUCUCCAGGUUUGUAAAAUGUAUAUAUUUGCUUAUUAUAAUAUAGGGUUGUAUGUAAUAUUAUAUACCGGCAUAUUAAUCACAACUUAUUGAUUAUUAAUAUAGGUAGUAUUAGUGCAACUCCCCCACCAGCAAGCAGCGAGGUCAAUUUGAUUGAGGGUUGGAAGUCCACCUUGCCCAAGCAUGACCACCAGUGGGUUUCCUCGGCCCUGUUUAAAGUAUCAAACAAGGGAAAACCGGUCUUUGACAGUGCCGAAGUCAACCAGUUAUGGUAUUACCCACCUCAGCCAUCCCUGAUACCUACCCAACCACCCUCCGCUGCAAGGUAUUUCGCACGCCGAUUGCUUCUCUGGAUGCCGAGGAAGAUGUGGAAGGUAAACCUGCACUGCCCCCACAGCCUGAGUGUGACAAACACCCCCUGACGAGUGCUGGCAUAUAUACCCGUGCACGGCAAGUUCUUGAUGUAGACGGGUAUUACCAUUUAGCAUCAGAGUACUUGGAGUGUUCCAAGUGCACCAGGAAAUUGAUCAGUUGGAGCCCUUCAGGGGCCAUGCUAAGAUUCGAACUUACAAGGACCAAUCACAUCCUUUCGUUGUUCCAACAUUUGGAACCUCUCGACUAAUCACGUCCAUAGCCUGUUCCAACUUUGCUCGCGUGCUAUUGUGCAAUCGCUUGGCUUCGAUAUAAAAUUCCUCAAAGUUAUUUAGCACUUUUCUACUGUUUACAUCGAAAAUAUGGCUACAUUUCCAAAGUUUCGUCGCUUGUCGAAUGGCAAAUUAAUUGUGCGUUAUACUAAGGAAGCUUCGGAUGUUAUGAAGAGUAAGAAUAAACCUUCAGGACAAAGUCAAAAUCCCGAUGAGGUGAGUGCCAGGAGCGAAGUAAUAUAUUAGUAAUAUAUCGCCUAUAUUUACACUCAAAUAAUUGUUGAAUAUAACCGCUAAACUGUAUGUUUUUCGAUGGAAUUUUACGCUGUUUACUUGCUGAAUUUCCAGCUUUGUAUCCUUGAAAUAUUUACAUUUUAUCCGUGGAAUUUACGCGAUGCAAAUUGCCCUCGUGUUUGCCGGUUUCGUCAUGAAUAAUUUUCACACUCAAUAUAUAAACAUUGUGCUUCGAUCGUCGUAGUCUCGUAGUAAAAUAUAGUAUAUUAAAUGCUUUCCUAGCUUAAAUACCCUGCUUUAUUCAUAGUUUCAUUUUGUGUGAGGACAACAACAAUUGACAUAGUAUUUUAUACCAUAUAUAAAGGCUUGUAUUUGAUGUUUGAACAUGGCUUUUUGUUGUCUUGUUGUGAAUGUGAAUGUAAUAUUUUAUUCUAGGUUAGGAAACAAGCUCUGAAAGCUGUCAAGGACAGAAAUGGUGAUGUUGGAAAUGAUUUAGAUGUGAAGGGGGAAUAUGUCAUGCAGUUUGGGAACUUUCGUGGUCAGACAUUCAGAUGGUUGUUGGAUAAUGCGUUGGGCUAUGUUGCCUGGCUUAUCAAUUCCAUAAGGGGAGAAACCACCACUACGGCAGCUAUAAGCCAAAACAAGUCAGCAUUCCGGGAGUAUGCGAUGUCGUUUGAGGCCUGUCGUGAUGUUGUGGCUGAAAAGAAAGAUGAAAUGGACGCAAAGCUGAAGAAGACGAGACCUACACCACCGGCACCAAAGGCGGGAUCCCCCCUUGCUCGUAGGUUGGCAUCUGGUCAAAUAACCAACAGUGAAUACUUGGCCAAAGUCUCGAAAGAACCCCGAUUUAAGUUUGCACCCACUAUCCCACCAUCUACGAGAGUUAGACCUAGUACAUCCAGCCCCAGCAAAAGUGUGGAGAUAGGAGAUACUGAACUCUGUGAUCUUGUGGCUGAGAUAGAAAAGAAGUUAGGUAGGUACCGGGUUUUUUAUUUAUAACAAUAACAUGCUAAUGACACAAAGUCAGCAUGGUUUGCUCAAUGGUAGAGCACUUCGAGUUGAAGGUUCAAAUCCUUCACCAUGCUAUAUAUGUGUUAUUAAAUACAUUUUAGCUGGCAAUAACAAUUGACUUGAACAGUAAUAUUUUAAAUUAUUAAACAGUAUUCUCACUAUGUAUUGUUAUAUCAUAUAUUCACAGAAAGCCCGGUUAAUGUGUCAGCGCAGAAAGAGGUCGAGCAAGUUGUUGAGCAACCUUCCCUUGUUGAUGAAGUUCCUGCAUCUGAGACGACCACUUCGGAAAGCAGUAGCAAUGGUAUAUGUUGAUGUUGUGUAGUUUACCGGGAAUAUAUCAGCCUCGUGCCAGCAUGAAUGAUGAGAAUCAGUGUAUUUUUUGGUUCAUUAUUGGUAUUAUUUUUCUCUUUUUAGUAACCUUGCCCGAUGGAUGGCUUAGCACGCUACCUAAGGCUGAUCAUCAGUGGAUAGCUCAGGCUUUGUUCAAGGCAAAUGCCAGAACCGGUAAAGCAGAGCUAGAUUUCGGGAGGUAUUAUAACAUAAUAUUAUCUUAAUAAUAUAAUAAUAAUAAAUAUAAUAUAAUAUUAUAUAAUAAUAUAAUAUUAUAUUUAUUAUUAUUAUUAUAAUAUAAUAUAAUAAUAAAUAUAAUAUAAUAUAAUAUUAUAUAAUAAUAUAAUAUUAUAUUUAUUAUUAUUAUCAAAUAAUAAUAAUAAAUAUAAUAUAAUAUUAUAUAAUAAUAUUCUAUAAUAUUAUUAUAUAAUAUUAUAAUAUAUUUUAAAAUUAUUGAAUAUUUAUUAUACAUUAUUUAUUAUAAAUUAAUUCUUUUUUAGAGUUAACAAGCUUUGGUGGUAUCUCCCUCAGCCGCCACUUAUUGCCUCACAACCUCCACGCCCUAGCAAAUUAUUUUCACAGCGCCUGCUACUGUGGAUGCCCAGGAAGCUUUGGGGUGUUAAAUUGCAUUGCCCCCAUCCCACCUGUGAGAAGAAAGAGCUGACCGGUGCCGGCAUCGAUCCCAGGAUACGCCAGGUUCUUGAUAUCGACAAUUUGGCCGCGGAAUACCUGGAGUGUAGGGCGUGCAAGAAGAAGGUCAUCAGUUGGUCUCCCGCCAUUGUUCGCCAGCUGGAUCCUGGUCAUCAGCUCCAGUUUCCAGUCCUCAUCACCUACCAGUACGCCUGUGAUGUCAAGGUUAUUCGACUUCUGCGACAGCGUAGUCUUGGCAAUAGCUCGACCGUGCUUCAAAAGAAAAUGUCAGAACAACACGGCGAGAAAUGGCUCCAGAAGAGCAUUCAGUACUUGACCGAGUGCAAGUAUUUUGCUCAAGCAUCAAAGAGUGGUCUCAUCUUGGCCAAGGAAUUCGAAGAGCCCCCUAAGUUUGUCCCGGUUCCAAAGUACAAGUGGUUCCUCACCGUUUAUGUGCAGGAUAUUAUGUCGAGGAUUGAUCACAUCAAGGCGUCCAUCACCUCCACCUUUGGCCGAGUCAUCAAGAUGGACUCGACCAAGAAGAUCGUUAAGAAACUAGCGGGCCAAAGUUCCGGUACUGCUUCGUGGGCGACCAAUGUCGGUAAUGAGAUGGGUCAAGUUUUGAUGAGCGUCUUGACAGCAAGCGAGGGAGUUGGUUUGGCCCCAAUGGUGAAUGGUCUAAUGAAACGAUAUUCUACUGCUGGUGUUCCUCAACCGAGAAGAUUGCGCCCAAUUUUUUUGCGCUUAAAGUACGCUGAUGUUCGCGGUCACUUUUGGAAGGUUUCUUCCAAAAGUUAA